AUGCAAGAGAAGGAAAAUGUAUUAGACAUAUCUUUGCAAAAUGAAAAUGACAAAAAUUAUGAAGAAGAAUUAUUUACUGGACUACCUGAAACUCUUUCUUAUGAACAACAUAUAAAUAUGCAAAGAAACGAAAAUAUUCCAAAUAUAUCUUUGAUAAACAAUACCGGAAAAAAAUGUGAAAAAGAAAUACAAGUUACUACAAAUCAAAAUAUCCCAAUAAAUCUAUUAGAACCUAAAAUUAUUCUAAUAAAACUUACACGUCAAAACUGCAAAAAAUAUAUUAAGAAUAGUCAACAACCAUUAGCGUUUAUUGAAAAUACUAUUUCAUCAAAAGAACUAUCCAUACUCAGGUAUUAUAUGGAGAAUCAGAUGGUUUUAUAA